ACGUAUUUGCCUCGGUCGCGUUUCUCUUAGUAACGUUCAACAGCAAUAUGUUCUUUCUUUAAAUUUACUAUCUUGUACGAUCGCACCGGAUGAACGUUACGGUAGUUUUGGAUUCGUUUAUUUAUUAAUUUAUUCAUUUAUUUAUCGACGAACGCUUCUCACUUUGCAAUAGUCAUCGAUAAUUAUGUGGGACAAAUGCAAAGCGGCGCUUCUGCUUGUAAUGUUGGUCAUCGUCGCAAGCGAUGCAAAUGACUGCGUGCCUCGAAAUUUUGGUCAUGGCAGUAUCGUAUGCGUUUGUAAUGCAACCUACUGUGACGAGCUACCGGAUAACAACCCCAAAGUCCCAGAGAACGGAACGUUCUACUGGUACGUUUCGAGCAAAGAGGGUCUCAGGCUGAGCAUGCUACAGGCGCGGAUGGGUUCUUGUCAAAAUUCCAGCACCGGUACGGUUCUAAAUAUAGAUACAUCGAAAAAAUACCAAACCAUCUUGGGCUUUGGCGGUGCCUUUACGGACUCGGCGGGAAUGAAUAUCAGAAAUCUCAGUGAGGCUACACAGGACCAAUUAAUUCGGGCGUACUACGGUUCAAACGGGAGCAGAUAUUCGUUAGGUCGAAUACCAAUCGCUGGAACUGACUUCUCUACGAGACCUUACACGUACGAUGACGUCCCUGAUGAUAUGACACUGCAAAACUUUAGCCUUGCCCAGGAAGAUUACGAUUAUAAGAUACCGUAUCUAAGAAAAGCCAUUGAAUUAAACCCUGACGUAAAAUUCUUUAGUGCUGCAUGGUCAGCUCCACCGUGGAUGAAAACUAACGACCGAAUCAAUGGAUUUGGCUUUUUAAGGAAGGAUCGUUAUCAGGUCUAUGCCAAUUACAUAGUAAAAUUUUUGGACGCGUAUAAAAGCAAUGGCGUUGAUGUAUGGGCCGUUUCGACAGGAAACGAGCCAUUAAACGCUUAUGUGCCUUUUGAUCGCCUUAACACUAUGGGCUGGACACCAAACACUGUCGCUGAUUGGGUCGCUAAUUACGCGGGUCCAACUUUGGCAGCGUCCGCCCACAAUGGCACGCAAAUUCUUAUUCUAGAUGAUCAGAGAAUCGAAUUACCUUGGUUUGUAAAUAAAGUCUUCGAACAUGAAGCCGCGAAAAAAUACAUUGUUGGUACAGCUGUACAUUGGUACACAGAUAGUUUCGCUCCGCCAAUAUUAUUAGAUUUAACGCACGAUGGUUAUCCAGAUAAAUUUAUUCUCAUGACUGAAGCAUGUACAGGUGCCGGAAUUUUGGAUUAUCCAAAAGUUUCCUUAGGUUCGUGGAGCAGAGGGGAGGAAUAUAUUUUAAGCAUAAUAGAGUACAUGAAUCAUUGGUCAGUUGGAUGGGUAGAUUGGAAUUUAGCUUUAGACGCAACCGGUGGACCAAACUGGAUUCAAAAUUACGUCGACUCGCCCAUUAUUGUAAAUCCAGACACCGAUGAAUUUUAUAAACAGCCAAUGUACUAUGCUCUUAAGCACUUUAGCAGAUUCGUCGAUAGAGGCUCCAUUAGGAUUUCUAUUACCGAUACGAACAAUGUUAAAGCUACAGCCUUCGUAACACCCUCGAAUCAAGUCGUGGUUGUUCUAUAUAACAACAAUACCCAGAAGAAGAACAUUGUUCUCAAUGAUCCGGAAAAGAAUCCCAUUUGCUUGGAAUUACCCGCAUACUCCAUGAGUACCAUAAUUUAUGCACAAUAGAACUUGUAACUCGUUGAUUAUUAAAUACAAUUUGUAAUAUCGCCAUAUUGUAUGUAACGAUAAAUGGCAAUUAUAACGUACAUUGUAAUGCUAAUAUGCUAAUAUAUAACAUAAUAAAACGUGCAUCUCGAAAUUGAAA